UGACUUGCAGCGCCUACAAAACUCCAUAGACCAUGCUAAUCUUUCCCAUAUAAAAAGACGAUUAAGACUUGGAGCAAGACAGAGCAGCCGAAGAAGGGAAGGAGGCCGGGUAACAUCCCCCUACACAGGGCCACUAUUGUUAAUACUAGCUAGGUUUAUUACCAUGGUGAUGAAGAAGUUACUCUCUUCCCUACCAGCGAUGGUAGCGAUCAUGCUGGCCAUCGCCAUGCUCUUUUGCUCCGUCGUCGUCGUCCACUCCUCGGAGGUCAAACAAGCAAACGAUGCAACUAGAGCUCAUCUGGAGGGAAGCCAUCAGGGCGUACCGCCACCGGCGCCGCAGGGCGGCCGUGUGCAUGCAUACGGCGAUGUCCCGCCGCCGCCACAGCUGAGCAGCCUCUCGAACAGCACCCGCACUGGAAGAACAGACCGACUGGGUGGUGACAUCAAUAGUUAUGUUACCGAUCGCCAUGUUUAGGUUUAGCCAGGUUUAGCCCCACCAUGCAUGAACCCAUGAUGUGUUUGGGCUUGGUUGGACCAAUCAUCUAUCUAUCUACACUAGUAGAGAUAUGGUUUUAAGGCUUGUUUGGAUCCUUGUGGCACAGUUUUUCAGUUAAUUUUAGUACCUUAACCUCCAAACAGGUCCGAAGGACUGCAAACUGUUUGCUCAUUAGACAUUUGACCUUGCUAAUAGGUGCUAAUAGAUCGUAUAAAGAGAAAAAGAUAUCUAUUAAGUCUC